AUGGCUCUUACGGAUAAUUCGGGAAAUUUUGUGAUCUACAGUGAUGCAUCUUUACAAGGCUUGGGAUGUGUUCUAAUGCAACAUGAUCGGGUGAUUGCUUAUGCCUCGAUGCAACUCAAGAAGCAUGAGCAGAAUUAUCCUGUCCAUGAUUUAGAACUUGAAGACUACUGGGAACUUAGCUCAUCUCAGAACGACCUAUCUUCCGUUAUUGGUGGAACUGCGGAAGGAUGGAGUAGAGUUGGGAAUGACUCAACGGGGUGGAAUCCUUGCUUGCUUGCAUGUGAGACCCAUUCUGGUGGAGCGGGUAAUUGCAACCCAGUUAGGAGAUCCGACACUUUGUGGGAUAAAGGAGAAGUGGAAAAUGGUACACGAACAGAUUAUGCCAUAAGAAAGGAUGAGGCUUUGGUAACAGGAACUCAUCUUUGUGUGCCCAGGAAUAAUGAUGAAUUGAAAAGAGAAAUCAUGGAAGAAGCUCACUAUUCCACUUACUCUAUGCAUCCAAGAAGUACUAAAAUGUGUCGGACACUACAGGAAUAUUACUCAUGGCCGCAUAUGAAGGGAGACAUUGCCAAGUAUGUAAGCAGAUGCUUGAUUUGUCAGCAAGUGAAAGCGGAGCGAUAG